AUGCUUGUGGACGUGCAGUCACUGAACACGCCACUUACGAUCCAGGGAGAGGCACUGGAAGUUGUGGAGCGUUUUACGUACCUUGGAAGUUGUAUUAAUUCUGAUUGCAGUGUGACAGAAGAGGUAGGUUGCUUGCUCGUGGACCCUGAAACUGGUAGUCCUGGCUCUAGCAAAGAAGCUGAUAAUGACCGUGCACCGGGUGGUAUACCUUUCACAGCCCCAAAACUUGAAAACCACGCCUCAAUAUUUGCGCUGUUUUUCAGAUGGACAAUCACCAGAGGUGCCUGUGGACCACAGCGAGUUGCUGGUAUCGCCUUUCUGGCAGCAAUAAGAUCCGUUGAUCUCAACGAUAUCCAAUGUUCAUUUAGUCAAGCCUGGGGGCCUGGACAAACAGUUCUGAAAACUGAGAGCAUUGUUUCUUUAACCCGUGUCCAUAUAGCAUUCAGACAAUCUUCUUCAUAUGCAUGUCUGCUUGGGCAACCCGACAAUAUCCCAUCCAUCCUGCUUUCUUCUGGUGGCAUGACAGUUAGGCACCGAAAGGAUGCUACAGCUGAACGAUUUUUAGUAACACCAAGAGUCCAUUAG